AGCAUCGUGACUUUCGAAGACUACGGCUACUUUGCUUGCUUCCCACCAUUCCCAGGCAGAAAUAUCUAUAAAAUUGAAUAUUAAUUGCGUAUGGUUUUAAAACAAAGACCAACGAUUUACGUUAAAUAACAAAAAUUUUCAAGCAAGGACAUUAAGACUUUGGAUUGGAAUUCAUCUCUUCAUACUUUCAAGGUAUAUUAUAAAGGACAGUAAUACAGGUUUCAUUUCUAGGUGGUUAAAUUCGAAUUCAGCCUGGCUGAAAAAUGGAAAACCAACGUGAUUGUAUGAUAGGAAGAGGCUUCAUCGGGAUUCUUCUACUAAUAUUGCUUGGUGCCGUAAAGAUAGACGAGGUAUCGUCGUGUCCAAGCGGUUGUCAAUGUGUUGAAGGGAAUACCCUGAAAGUCUACUGUUCAGAAGGAAAACACACCUCGAUCCCCAGAGGUAUUCCUUGCCACAUCACCGCUUUUACACUCAGUCAUAAUCUUGUGCGGAGGGUUCGGAACGGAUCCUUCCUCUGUCAAGAAAACAUGGUGACACUGGACCUCAGUAACAAUCGCAUCAAUGCCAUCGAGGCCGGUGCUUUCGACAAGAUUGUGUCAUUGGUAAAACUGAACAUCAGAGGGAACUUCAUCGCGACUUUGCCUUCCUUGCAUCUCCUUACACAGCUCGUUUAUGUCGAUGUAUCUUUUAACAACUUUUCAGAGUGGCCCACGCAGUUCCCAAUUGAGAACAAUUACCUUAUUUUUAAAGUCAACAAUAAUCCAAUGGAGACAGUGAAGGUGCUUAACGAGAUAGAUAUUGUAUCUAUCAGAGGGACUCAAGCCUUGUACGUUGAUUCGUGUUCGUUCCAUCAUCCCGCAUUCAUUACAAUUUUAAUGUUUUCUUACGGAAAACUAGAAACGAUUGGUUCUAUGUCCAAAUUGUCUUCAUCAAGAUUCAUAGGGUUAUCACACAAUCGCAUCAAGAUCAUUGAACACGGCGCUUUCGACAACCUCGCAAGUUUGGAGGAGUUGCAACUGAAUAGAAACUUAAUUUCAUCUUUACCCGUGGUUAAAAACAGUUCGCUUCUAAAUCGACUUGAUCUCAGUGAUAAUAUCAUUAACUCUUUAACCCGUGGGGCAUUGACUCACCUACCCUCAUUAAGGAAUCUGAAUCUCAAACACAACAGGAUAAUGCACUUUUCAUCGGCCCAUGUUCCGAACAUUUGUAAUCUUGCAAUCAAUAGUAAUUUGUUACAACAAAAAUUAAUGGUUCUUUCUAAUCUACCGUCCAUGUCUUUAAUAAAUUUUGCAAAUAACCAUGUACAAGAGCUGUAUAUUGUUGAAGGCGUAAAUAUUGAACAUAUUUUUGCUUACAAUAACUCUAUAAGGACUAUCAGGUUUGAUGGUUCUCAUAAUAUCACAAUGAUACACGCAGGCUAUAACAAAAUUAGCAGUGUAAAAAUCUUUCGAAAUCUCCAUAGCCUGCGCCUCGUGUACUUGCACUUCAAUCAAAUAUCAAUUUGGAAUGACUCGGGUUUAACGAAUCUAACGAGGUUAUUCAAGCUCCAAAUGAAAAACAAUUUUAUUCAUGAGUUGUCAAAUCUCCCCUCUUUACCAAGUCUUGAAUACCUUGAUCUGUCCUUCAAUCGUAUAAGAUGGAUACAGAGUGAUGCAUUGAAAUUUCCUGCCCUUGUAGAACUGUUUCUCAUGGGAAACUGUCUGAUGCAUAUCCCUGUUCUGACAAGUAUGGCCAACCUGAGAUAUCUACACCUCAGUGAAAACCAUAUUGUAAAUGUAACCGGAAGCGAAGUCGGUGAAAUACUAUCUUUACAGGAUCUUUAUUUGGAUUCGAACAGGCUGCAAUGUUUCCCCUCUCUACCAUCUAAUCAGAUAAAUGUUCUAAAUCUUGAAAACAACAAUAUAUCAUUCUGUCAAAGAAACGUUUUUGAGAAUUAUCACGCCUUAAUAAACGUUAUAAUGGAUGGAAAUAAUGUAGAAAGUACCCCACAUUUCCCAGCAUCGCUGGAGAGGUUAAGUCUUGAUAACAACCGAAUCAAAGGCAGGGACAACUCCUUAGAGAACAUACCAUCAGGAUUAAGGGUAUUGAAUUUAAAGGGAAAUAACAUAUCUUUAGAGAAAAUAAAAUGGAUCUUCAGGCAAUCGUUGAAUUUCUUAGAUUUAUCUUCAAACGCCCUUACUGAAAUCAGACCGUUCUUUUUCUUUACGGCUACGUAUCUUAGAGCUCUUAAUUUGAGCCACAAUUCUUUAUCAUCUCUCGAGGAACACAGCCUCCAGGGGUUACAACGAAUCAACUUUAUUCAUCUCCAAUGGAAUAACCUGAAGUAUUUGUCUGAAAAUACAUUUAAUUGUUGUCCAUUGCUUCAUACUUUAGAUAUUUCCGGCAACCCACUGCACGCGAUUACAGGUAAUCUAUUUUCUGGCUUAUCUGCAUUAACACUUUUGUCUCUCUCACACACUGGUAACAUCGAUAAUGCAUCCAGCUUUUCCCCUUUUCAUCAUCUUCCAAGCUUGAGAUACCUCUAUCUGGUCAACACUCAAAUUGUUAGUAAAUGGUGUUCAAACUCUUCAUAUGUCAUUCGGACUGGUCUUAUUGCUGCAUUUUUUCAACGUAAUAACUUAUCCUAUAAUUUUCCCAGAAUACAAGCAACAUCUCUGCUGACCUUAAACCUAUCCUUUAAUCUAUUUCAAGCAGUCCCAGGGCAACUGAGAAAUGGAUCUUCAUUUCCAUUCCUUAGAAAUCUAGAUCUAUCUUGGAAUGAAAUUAAAGUUAUUAGGCGAACAGACUUUUCCAAUUUCGUUAAAUUAGACAGUCUUUUUCUUAAUAACAAUUAUAUAUUUCUAGUAACACUUGGUGCAUUUCAUACGUUACGUUUCAAAUGGCUUGAUCUUGGCAAUAAUAACUUAUCUUCAAUACUGAACAUUGAUCUACCGUUUUUCCCCAAUGGACUGAAAAUCGAUUUUGCGGGCAAUCCUUGGCACUGUAACCUUCAGCUGAUAUCGUUUGUCAGACGGAUCUCACAAAUCUCCGUUCCUCCUGUUUGCGACACCCCUUCAAUAUUUGCGAAUCAAAGCUAUGCGAGCCUUACCAUCGGGGGUGAAAAAUUCACUACUGGAGAACAGGGAGGGAACACAUUUCCAAUUGAAGACCAACGUUUGUUCGUCUACGUCAGUGACUUGAUAUUUUCGUUCCAUUGUCCGCUUAAUGCCACGAAUCGCCAAGAGAUUGUUUGGACGUUGCCUGAUACGUUAACCCUAGGAAGAAUGGCUUCUCCUGGACACCACCUUUACCCCGUAUCUGUAGAUAAAAAUGGCUCUCUUGUAAUAACUUUCAUCUCAAAGCUUUUAUCAGGAGUCUACGCAUGUUCCCUGCCGGGAUCUGGAGAGAUGACACAAGCCUUUCUGAGGAUAACAGUCGUCGAUUGCCCGGACAUCGGUGAACACCAAACCACCGAGAGAAACGUCUUUUUGUGUAUUGAGAAUUGUGAUGAAGGGUCGGCUAGAGAAGAUACAAAAUAUACAUUAAAUUUGGUAACAAUUUUUGCGAUACCAGUUAUGGCUUUGGUUGUAAUUACCUUAUUAGUUAUUGGUAUAUAUCACUGUUGUAGAAAAAGUAUUCAGUUAGUCUCAAGACACCUAUGCCAGCUAGCACAAAAUCAUAGUAAUGUGAAGUAA